UAGCAUUGUCGUUAGUUGAUGUGCCGCUAGAGGAGCGAAGUGAUCUUGCUCAAAAAUUCGAUAAUAUUCGGCAGUACUCGAGAGUCUUCGAACGAAAUGAACGAUGAACAGUGCGUGUAAACAAAGCUUCAUCAAGUUACGACGAAUCGUUUUACAAAGGUGACGUAAUCAAGAGUUGACUCAUGUCUGUCCAAUCUGAAGAUCGUCGCGAGUUCGACGUCGAGCAGCGCCUUGGAACAAAAGCUAAUUGACAUUUUAUAAUAACCUACAUCUCCGUCAUCGAAAAUCGUAUCAAGAAAGGACGUGAAAGAAAAAGAAAGAAAGAGAAAGAGAAAGAGAGAAAGAGAGAGAGAGAGAGAGAGAGACAGAGAAAGCACGUGAGAGGGAAGAAAAAUAGGAGAAAGUCAAACAAGAAAGAAGUUUGUAAAAAAAUGGCUGGAAACGAAGAACCUUUUUUACGUUCACUUGACAACAGCCAAAUAUCAUUCGUCAGAUUUACGAACUGUACAACACGCAUCGUUGCCCUUUAUUGGAUCGAUUAUCAAGGUCAGGCUAUCAGUUAUGGCACUUUAUAUCCAGGUAGUUACGUAGACAUCGACACUUUUGUAACACAUCCUUGGAUCUUCGUCGAUGAUGAGACGAAAGAAAGGUAUUUGGUGAACCAGAGAGACGUAUUUUUUCCCGAGCCAUGGUUGGAAAAAUGUUUGAAUGCAAGGAGGCAGUAUCUUCCACAUAGAAUCGACAGAACGAACGCCAAUAUUAUGACACCGAUGUACACACUAUUUGAAUUGUCAUUAAGAGCAAUCAAAAAUUUUCUUAAACAUAAGGAGCAAGUUUUCAAACUCGACAUUCCGAGGAGUCUUCAAUACGAGCUUGCUUCAAGGCUACCAAGCAAAAACAAUAAUGAAGAGGAUUUGUAACAAUUUCUGGAUAUCCAUGGAUCACCAAGGUUUCUACGUCUCGAUAGUACAUUCGCUUUGAGUUAACCGUUCGAUAAGUUCACUUUUUCUUUUUCUUUCUUUUCUUUUUUUUUUUUUUUUUUUCUUUUUUAAGUUUCAAAACGCACAGUUACAUUUUUUCCAAUUGUUCUCUUC